AUGGCAGGGAUGGAGAUUGCACCACUUAGACCGUGGGAUGACUUCUUUCCUGGAGCCGAAAGAUUCGCUAAACCAGACCUUGGAGAUUUAACCAAAUGGAACAACAGAGUGAUAAGCAAUUUGCUGUAUUAUCAGACCAAUUAUUUCGCAGUGGCUAUCGUGGUGUUUCUGAUUGUCGGGUUUCUAAAUCCACUGGGUAUGUUUCUGGGUGGGGCUGUGGUCACACUGGUUUUCAUGGGCUCAGUAUGGGCCGGGGAAAAUAAAGCAAUGAUCAAAAACUUUAAGAGGAAGAACCCCACGCUGUUUAUCAUCGCUGUUAUGGGAACAAGCUACUUUCUGCUCUCUCUUUGUGGGGGAGUGAUGGUUUUCAUCUUUGGCAUCACAUUCCCUCUGCUCUUGAUCCUGGUCCAUGCUUCACUGAGGCUCCGCAGCAUGAAGAACAAGCUGGAGAAUAAGAUAGAAGGUGUUGGUCUGAAGAAAACACCCAUGGGCGUCAUUCUGGAUCUGCUGGACCAGCAAGAAGAGAAAAUCAACAAGAUCCAGGAUUUUCUGGAGAGCAAAAUGAAAGAUUAAAGAUGGGUGGCGUGUCCACUCAGUUUAACCCCGAUAUGCAUUUCCCGUGACAGAACCCUCCAAUCAAAUCUUGGUUUGGGAAAACACAUGUAGUCAAAGUAGAAAGAUUAUAUUUGGCUUCUGUCACCAAAAAUUAUGUCGUAGUUGUAGUGUGUACUUACUGAUUUUCAAGCUUCGCUCACUUCCGCUCCC